GGGGACACACAGUGCACCACGACUCCUCAGGCUGAGUUUGCAGCAGGGUGUGGUGUUACUGACUCACCUACGUCAUCCUAUGCGGCAGUAACAUGUUCCCGGCGUUGGAAACAGAGCUAAAGCAGGAGACUCUUCCUGACCCCUAUGAGGAUUUUAUGCACCAUCACCUCCAGUAUUAUGGAUACUUUAAAGCCCAGAAAGGCAAUCUACCAAAUUCUGCUGCUCAUCAGCGUGUUUGGAAGACUAGCCCUCGGUACGAAUUGAAUGGCUCUUUUGGAGAAAAACAGGAUUUGAUCUCGGAUACCUUGGAGAAAGAGACGUUUCUAUGGCCUACCUGUUUAUCUUCAACUGGGCAUGCUCAGGUAGAUGCUGUAAACCGAGAUUCACUUAUGCUGAGUUCGCCACUUCUUAGGAGCAGACAGCUUCUUUAUGAUGAACUGGAUGAAGUGAACCCACGUCUUCGAGAACCCCGAGAGCUCUUCUCAUUUUUCUCUAGCCGGGGGCCACUGCAGGCUCCAAGAUGGCCGAUAGAAUGUGAGGUCAUCAAGGAAAACAUUCAUCAUAUUGAAUGGGUUCCACCUCAACCAGAGUAUUUCUAUCAGCCUACAGGAGACGAAAAGGUACCAGAGAUUGUGGGAGAAGAUCAAGGCACGGUUGUUUACCAGUUAGAUUCAGUGCCCACAGAAGGUGCCUACUUCACCAGCUCCAGAAUAGGAGGAAAACGAGGAAUUAUCAAGGAACUUGCUGUUACAUUGCAAGGGCCAGAAGAUAAUACUCUAUUGUUUGAAUCGAGGUUUGAGAGUGGGAACCUGCAGAAAGCUGUCAGAGUAGGCAUCUAUGAGUAUGAACUCACCUUGCGAACUGACCUCUACACAGACAAACACACCCAGUGGUUUUACUUUAGAGUUCAGAAUACCAGAAAAGACGUUACCUACCGUUUCACCAUUGUCAACUUGCUGAAGCCCAAGAGUCUCUAUGCAGUAGGCAUGAAACCUCUUAUGUACUCUCAGUUGGAUGCCAUCACCUACAACGUUGGCUGGAGGAGAGAAGGACAUGAAAUCAAGUACUAUAAGAACAACAUGGAUGAUGGGCAGCAGCCCUUAUACUGUCUCACCUGGACCGUUCAAUUUCCUCAUGACCAGGACACUUGCUUCUUUGCACACUUUUACCCAUACACUUACACUGACUUGCAAUGCUAUCUCUUGUCAGUUGCAAACAAUCCCAUCCAGUCUCAGUUCUGCAAGCUCCGAGCUCUAUGCAGGAGCCUAGCAGGGAAUACUGUCUACUUGCUUACCAUCACCAAUCCAUCCAGGACUCCCCAAGAGGCAGCUGCAAAGAAAGCCGUGGUGUUGAGUGCCAGAGUUCACCCUGGAGAAAGUAAUGGCUCCUGGAUCAUGAGAGGCUUUUUGGACUUCAUCCUUAGCAACUCCCCAGAUGCCCAGCUCCUCAGGGAUAUCUUUGUCUUCAAGGUGAUUCCCAUGUUAAAUCCAGAUGGCGUGAUUGUGGGGAAUUACCGGUGUUCAUUGGCUGGAAGGGACUUGAACAGGCACUAUAAAACUGUUCUUAAGGAUUCUUUCCCUUGCAUUUGGUACACCAAGAAUAUGAUCAAAAGACUUCUGGAAGAAAGAGAGGUUCUCUUGUAUUGUGAUUUCCAUGGUCACAGCCGCAAGAACAAUAUCUUCCUGUAUGGCUGCAAUAGCAACAGUCGCAGGCACUGGCUUCAUGAGCGUGUCUUUCCCUUAAUGUUGAGCAAAAAUGCACCAGAUAAGUUCUGUUUUGACAGUUGUAACUUUAAAGUCCAAAAAUGCAAAGAAGGGACAGGACGAGUUGUGAUGUGGCGGAUGGGCAUCCUAAACAGCUACACCAUGGAGUCUACCUUUGGCGGGUCCACGCUGGGCAGUAAAAGAGACACUCAUUUUACCGUUGAGGACCUGAAGUCCCUAGGUUAUCAUGUCUGUGACACUAUUCUGGAUUUCUGUGAUCCUGACCAGACCAAGUACACUCAAUGUCUACAAGAGCUUAAGGAGCUCUUACAACAGGAAAUACAUAAGAAGUUCAAUAACUUUGGACAAGAUAUGGACUUAGAUGGGAACUGGAGUGACAUUCCUUUGUCUGACAUUGAAUCCAGCACGAGUGGCUCUGACAGCUCUCUUUCAGAUGGUCUUCCUAUCCACCUACUGAGCAUAGCAGAUGAGUUGAAUCAGAAGAUGAUCUUAAAGAAGCCAAAAAAGAAGAGACUUCAGACAAGAAAACAGCGAAAUGAGCAGUACCAGAAGAACUAUUUGAUGCGGGAGUUGAAGUUGACAGAGAACAGUACCCCAGGAAGGGCAAGAUUUGCUUCUACUCUGCAAAAACAGCCUACUUUUUUGAAAAAUCCUGAGAAUUCUAGUGCUUCAAUAAUAAGAAAUGAAACACCAAGGCUCAAUGAGACACAAUUAAGUGGAAGAGACAAAGACUCCUCCCUGGAUCAACCAUUGACCAGCCUGGUUCUACCUAAGAAUAAAGAAAUAAUUCAGAGUAAGAAGCCAGGCUUUACAGCAUCAUGCUCUCCAAAGAGAAGCACAAACUCCAGCCUAGGGCCAGCUCCAGAUGUCAAGCCAAACUGGCCUAGGACUAGAUACUCUGCCACAAGGAAAGACCGCACCGCCAUGGCGGUGUACCCAUCCUUGCACAUAUACACAUACCCAUAGGUGUGCUUUUGCUGUGACACACAGGCGCUUCCUCCAAAGGGUUUGGGUAGUUUUAUUGGCUUUUGUUUUGUUUUAUAUGUAGUGAGUUGCACACAUUUUAUAAGAGGAAGUCUAUGCAUGAAAUGGAAACUCUGUUUAUGGUGUACCGUGUUGUACAUUUGCCACACACUGACCUGCACUCUGUACUUCCAAUGUUGUUCACUUAUCGGCAGAUGCAUACCUCAGGAAUUUAGUAAUUUUAUCCUAAGAUUAGAUUAUAUUUUGAUGUAUAGAGAAGCCUUUAUUGGAAACUGAGGCAUGUACUCAUGAAAAGACAGCACAUAUAUACCUCAUUUUAAAUCAAUAGAUGUUCCCUCUAAAGUUAGAUGCAAAUCAGUUUUUAAACAUUUUUUGGGAGUGUGCCAUAUGAAAAAGUCUGUGUCAAAGUUUCCAAACGGUAAACAACCAGUCAGACUGUGGUGUAUCAGGUUUGCUCAAAGUAAGGUAUUCCUACAUAGAAAAAAAAAAAAGUACAUGUAUUACUCAUAAUUUAAUGUUGCUUAUUUAACAAGGUUGUAUAAAUUUUUACGUGAACAAUUAAA